UACUUCCUAUCUGUUCACCAUCGAGUUUGACACAAUCUUUCUCACUUUCUCAGUUGUUAACUAUUGUAACAUAAAAAGUAUAAACGCCAAGGAGCCCAGAAGAUGCCUGUGUUAAUAAGCAUUUAAACUUUGUUGAGUCGGAAUCGUCAGCAAAAAGAUUUUCAGUGAAAAUCUGAUCUUCAAGCUUGGAGAAAAAUGUCCAAGUCAAGCUCUUUCGAGUGGGUGCCAAGGAAAAGAGAUUUUCAGCUGGAAAAGAAGUUCUUCAGAAGUCAUCUUGAAGGUGUGACUGAACAUCCAUUGAGACCUCUCAUAGGACCGGUGACAGAAAGUAAAUCCAUAAGAAAAAACAGUAGCACAAAUUUGUCUUCACCAGGAAAUGCCCAACCCCGCAGGAGUGUAACUGCAGUUUUAGCUGAUCCUCUCGGAGCAGCUCUAGAUGGAAUGGAUCCUCUUAGCCAAUUUGCCAAAGAGGAGCAGGAUCCUCUUUCAAAAAUGGCAGCUGAAGAUAUAUCUUGGGAUCAUUCUGAGACUAAAAGAAAAAACUUGGAAAACCUCGAUGAGGAAGUAUCUCAGGAAGAGUGGACGGCAAGGAAAUCAGCUAUUUUGUCAAGGUUUACCACCUCUGAAAAAUUGUCCAUCAUGACAAGCUUUUUGUCAGGAGGGGACAAAGUGAUUGCAAGACCUCAAGCUGUUGCUCCACCUCAAAAUGCAACGAUUGAGAAAGUGAAAAACCGUUUGGAACAGUUAGAUGAAUUUGAGGAGGGAACUGUUUGCGAAGAGGGGGAUCUGACACAGGGCGAGUAUACAGCCAGAAUUGAACAACUGAAUGCUGAGUUAAAACAAGCAUGGAAUUCCGAUCAGAGGGUCAAAGCUCUCAAAAUCGCUAUUCAGUGCUCAAAGUUGCUGGCAGACACAAACGUAAUCCAAUUUUAUCCCAGCAAAUUUGUGCUAGUCACCGAUAUUCUAGAUAUUUUCGGUCAAUUGGUGCAUGAGCGGCUACGUUCCAAAGCUGAAGGAAACAAAACGCGUGGGCGACUUCCAGUUGACUUCACACCUGACAUGGUUCCAGAAGCUGCAAAAGAGACCUGUCGAAAUUGGUUUUAUAAAAUUGCCUCAAUCAGGGAAUUGGUGCCAAGAUUUUAUGUUGAAAUUGCCAUCCUCAGAUCCUACAGCUUUCUCACCUCUAGUGAAUUUACUCAAGCACUUUUGCGCCUCACCGCAAUGAUCCGUGGCAUCGGUGACCCCUUAGUUGCUGUUUAUGCAAGGUGCUAUCUAUGCCGAGUGGGUUUGUCCAUCACCAGAGACAGGGCUUACAUUCAUGAAAACCUGUAUGAUUUCCUGGCUUCCCACAAACAACUAUAUUGCCGAAGUGUUCGAGCUGAGCUGUUGAGACAAAAGGUGGACAUGGGUAGCUAUUUGACCCUUUACACACCUGCCCUGGACUGGAUCCUGCGACUUGCUGCUAACCCAGGGACAGAGGAGCAGCUUCUUGAUGUUUUGAAUAUUUGCAAGAAUCUAAAUGUUAAAAGUGGUUUGGUGCUCAAUUCAGUGAUGGUUGCUUUCAAGGCUGUGUACAUAGCAGCCAGAGCAACCCAGUUUGUUGAUUUGAUAACUGGCUGUGAUGAUGAUGGAUUUCCUCAGUACAUUUUAUUUCGCACACUGGGCCUCUGUGUCGUAGCAGCCGAGCCCCCUAGAGAACAACAUCUUCCACUUUUGAACCCAGUUUGGAAAAUUGUCAGUCGGCUGUCUGACGUCAGCCACUACGCAGCUUGUGCAGAAGUGUGGAUAGAGUUUGCCGUAAAAUAUUUUGGAAAAGCCGAAGUAAAUGCAAUCCUCCAUGACAUGAUCCGUCACUUAACCCCUAACAGAGCUUUUGAAAACCACUACCUCCAAAUGCAGUCAGUAGUGACAAUUUUGCUGAGAAACACUCACGAUCCUGAAAUUUUAUUUGGAAUGGAUAAAUUUUUAACCUUCAUUGACAUGUUCCACAAAGAAACAAUCAAAGUUGAAGUUUGCAAAUCUAUCAUGGAAGCCUACUGUAGGCAGAAGCAAGACUCGGUUCGAGACCCUGUUGUAAUAAAUAGUGUCAUGUUUCUGUGCCGAGUUCUUCAUGACUCUGUGAAUGCCCUUACAGUGGACGACGAGAAACGGCAAAUUGCUCAAUUGAUUUGUGGCUUUGUUAAAUCAGUUGAUUUUGGUCGAGAUUUUGAGUUGCAGCUCAAUUUUUAUGUUGAUGCUAGGGCGGCAUUUACAAAUUUGGAUUACAUUCAUGUCCAGCUUGUUCAAUGUGUGAACCACCUUGCUGUAAAAACGAAGAAAAUUGUCGGAGGUCACCAUACCAGGAAGACUGCUUCUUUCGUCAGGGCCUGUGCAGCUUACUGCUUCAUUACUGUGCCUUCCAUCUUCAGUGUGAUAUUUCGUCUAGAAUUAUACUUGUUGUCUGGACAAGUGGCGUUAUCCAAUCAGUGCUUGGGCCAAGCCGACGCUUGCUUCAAAGCUGCCCUGAACUUGAUAUUAGAAUUUCCUAAGACAAUUGAAGAGGAUGGAAAACAAAAGAGCUCAGAUUUCUUUCUUGUGUCUUACAUGUCGAAUUUCAUGUCAACUCUGCUUAUAGUGCCAGAUCCGCCAGAGCAAGGUGUUCUUUAUAUUACCAGAGGGUUGUUAAAUUGUAUCCAGCACUACGAGUGGGAAAAUCCAGCUUCCAAAAUGAAUCUCUACCUUCAAGUAUUAAGUUUGUUGGCUGCAGCCACGCAAGAAUCUUAUCCUUACCAUAUUGAAAAGGUUGCUUCAAAUGAUGCUCUCUAUGGUUCUGAUCCAAAGUUUGUAUCGGAAAUCAACAGAAUAUGCGGUGUCGUGGUUGAAGAAAUUUUCUCUCAAUUGCGCAUUUACGACGAAAAUGGAAAUCUAGACAAACAAGCUAGUCUCUCAUUAGCGCUUUUAAAUAGGAUAAUUACAUUCACUGACUUGAGAGAACCGAUUUCUUUAAAGUAUGCAGGGAAGCUCUGGGAUCUGAGUCACAGGCACAAAAAACAAGAUCCAAGCUCAGUUGCAAAUACCCUUCAAUAUUUGAGUACUAGGGCUGCAGGGCCAAAUGGCGAAAAGUGCAAAGAAUUACUUAGCCGAAUCCAAACAGGUGGAAGUUGAUUAUUGAAACCAAUGAACAAAUCAAAGUGCCAUUCCAUUAUUUUACUUAUUUGUAAAAAAAAUUUAAGUAAUGGGUUGCAAUAUAAAAAUAAAAUUUAGAUAUUUUUGGAGAUUG